AUGUCGACACUACUAUCUGCCCAACCCUUAGAGCAAUGUAAUCUAACCUCGUUAGGAGCAUUCGAAAACCCUGAUAUCAUAAUUGCCAGAAAUUCAUUGAAUACGGUGACCAAGAAUUUGGAAGAAUUCAAAUAUAAUCGUGAUUUGUGUUCUAAAGGAUUGGAGAUUGCACAAAAGAGUAAACAAGUUUUAGAUAAAUUUGAUAAGUUAAAUAAAAGGUUUUCUAAUUAUCGACAGGAUAAUGAAGACAAUAUCCACACUAAUUCUACGACAACUGAAAGUAUCACGAUCACACCUGAAACAGUCGAAAGUAACGUCGGAACUAACACGCUUACAAUUCACAAGAAUCAUGUUACUACGACUAGUAAUAAUAUAAAUGUGGAAGAUAAAAACGAAGACCGGAGUAAAACUUUUCGUCCAAACUUAAAACCACUUGAUAUCCAAUCUUUAUCCCCACAGCAGCUAAUCAUCACAUCUCCGAAUAUGCAGUCUCCAUUAAAAUCUCCCAAUUCUGGUGUACUUGAAAGAUUUAUUGAGAACAGUAAAGAAUUUCAAAAAUUCAUUGAUUGUCUGUGGAAUGUUUCCAUGUUUUUUGGUUAUUCGGCGAAGGUUAAUGUCGAAAGUCUUGAGGUGCAAAAUGAAAUUGCAAAAUUAAUUGAAGAAUGGAGCACCGCUACUGAUCAUUUAUACAAUGCUAUCGAAAAUUGGAAAUCAAAACGUCAUGGAUGGAACAACAAUAUCAAGGCAAAGAUUAAAGCCUUUUCCAAAAUUUCAACCAUUAUAAAAAGCAUAUCUUUACCUUCUGCAAAACAUAAAACGGAGAAUUACAAGAUUCCCGCAGAACGAUUGAAACCUGCACAUACGAAUGAUUUCAAGUCGCAGAAACAUGCAUUUUCCGAAUUCAACGCCACAGAGAACAACCCUAUAAUAAGAGGAAGUAGAAACCAUAUUCGACAAUAUUGGUUCCUGGGAUUCAGGAGGGUAGCAGAGAAGAAUUUGGAAACUUUUGAUAUUAAAGAUAAAAGUAUUGCAGAGUUGAAAAAAGAAAUUGGUUUCAUGAAAGAAUUAAACGAACAAAAUUUUCGUCUCUUGGAAUUUUUAGGGUAUUGUCAACGUUCGGAUAGUGUUUCGGUAAUCUGCGAAUGGGUAGAUUAUAACCUACAAACCUAUCUCGCUGAUCACGUUGACAUGGUUUGGGAUGAAAAAUUGAACAUUGCUUGUGGAAUCGCCGAUGCAUUAAAAUUUUGCCACUCAAAAAAUAUAUUACAUUAUGAUGUUAGAACCGAAAAUGUGUUGCUAGACCAAAAUCUUCAACCAAAGUUAUAUAAUUUCCGAAUUAAAAGGAAUUCGCCGGUUAUGUUAAUUUCCGCGGAUGCACCGAUCGAAGAUCCAAGUUAUAGUUCUCCGGAGAGGCUUAAGGGUAUGACUUGCAACAAAGCCAGCGAGGUUUAUAGUUUUGCCAUGGUGUUGUGGGAAAUUCAACAUCACAUGAAACCCUAUACUGGUCUAACUUCUAACCAAAUAUCCACGAAAAUUAUUGCCGGUGAGCAUCCUGAGUCUGAUCCUGUAACCGGAACACCCGAGGAAUUCCAGCGUAUAAUGGAAGAUGCAUGGUCGCUUUCGCCCGGAAAACGUCCUGACAUGCAGAUUUUACAUAAUAGGCUUGAAAAACUGGAUUUUGAAUAUUUAACUAUCCAGAGGGUAAAACUAAUUGGUGUUAAGGAGAAUGACGAUACUAAUGAAUAUGUCUCAAACAAUUCGAUUAUGGAGAGUCGAGGAUUUGGAAGGGAAAUACCAAAAGCGUGGGAAAUAUUUCAGGAAUAUGAAAAUCGUUCCCACGAUCCGGAAGCAAUGUAUUGGGUUGGACUUUACUAUUUGAAGGGUUACUACGAUGGAGGAAACAAGAAACCCAAACCAAAAGAAAGCGUACAAUACCUUAGCCGCGCAGCGAAAUUAGAUCACACCGAAUCACAAGUCUUGUAUGCUAUUACAAUGCUAAAUUCUCCAUGGGCGGCUAAAGAGCACGACAAAGAUCGAUACAAGUAUGCAAUUAUUUAUUUAAGAAAGGCAGCAAGGCAAAAUCACCCAAAGGCAUUAAAGACCUUGGGAGGAAUUAUUAUAAAAGGACAGUUUAACCAAAAAAGAGAUGUUUUCAUGGGUAAGGCGAUGAUUGAGAAAUCCCGGAAAUUUCAAUUGUGA